AUGUCGAAUCAGACAAAUCCGGAAAAGACUUUCCGGUCAUACACGACUGAUCAAGGUCAGAGCUACGCCCGACACCGCAUGAAGUACGGCCAAUCUCUGUACGAGACUAUCAUUUCGCAUCAUACGUCCACGGGCGGCAGGCUUGAGACCGCAUUGGAUAUAGGGUGCGGCCCUGGAACGGCGACCUUCGACAUUGCCCGGAGUUUUGACAAUACGAUCGGCCUUGACCCUUCCCAGGGAAUGGUCAGCGCUGCAAGAUCCUUGCUGAGCUCGGAACAAAUCACGAAUAAUGUCAAAUUCGAAGUAUCGACGGCCGAGGAUAUCUCCCCUGACUUGGUUCCGGAUGGGAGCGUGGAUCUCAUCACCGCAGCUACAUGCGCCCACUGGUUCGAUAUGCCUCGGUUCUGGACGACUGCGGCUCGUGUCCUCCGGCCAGGCGGAUCGGUUGCAAUGUGGUGCUCCAAUGCCUCUAAAACCCACCAUUCUGUUCCUAACGCGGCAGCUAUCAACUCCGUGACAUCUAAGAUCGAGGAGGAAAGCCUCGCACCUUUCUUCGAGCCGGGAAACCUCUUGACUCGAAACUUGUACUCGACCAUCGGUCUUCCAUGGACGGUCAGCCCUCCAGUGUCCGACUUCGACGAGACUAAACUGUUCAGAAAGGAGUGGGGCAUCGAGGGCAAUGACGAAUCUUUCUACGAGAUUAAGCAGAUAUUAAUCGAUCUGGACACGAUGGAAAAGAUACUGGGAACUGCUAGCCCUGUCACAAGAUGGCGGCAGGCUUAUCCGGACUUGGCUGGCACGGAAGACGACGUCGUCCGACGUAUACGCCGAGCUGUGGAGAAGCUUCUGCACGAGGCUGGUGUCGAGAAAGGCAAAGAGCUCGUCCGAGGCGGUGAGGCUGGAGUAUUGCUGAUGGUCAAGAAGCAGGCGUGA